AUGUUGAACCACAGCCUGCACAAGCCUCCCGCCAAGCCUUUCCUCACCGCCGGUGCAAAGGCCGCCCAGCUGUCUCCGACAUUCAUUUUCUCCGGCCAAAAUUUUUUCCCGGCCGGAAAAAAACGCGUGCUCCGGCGGCAGCAUGGCUGGGCUUCCGUGAAAGCCAUGGCGUCACCCACCGCGGUCACUACCGGAAAUACGACGAGCGUGAAGGCUGUGGUGACCGUGCUGCAGCCGGUGGGCGGGGUGUUGUCCCACUUGGGCCUUAGCCGUGGGCUCGAUGAUAUAGCUGACUUGCUCGGCAAAACCCUUCGGAUCGAGCUUGUGGCAGCCGAGCUUGAACCUAAGUCUGGACAAGAGAAACCGAGCAUUACUUCAUAUGCACAUAAGUCUUAUCUGCCAUCCCAAACUCCGAGUGGGCUGAUAAAACACAGAGCGAAAGAGCUGACCAUCCUACGUGGCGACGGCCAAGGCGAGCGCAAGACCUUCGAGAGGAUUUACGACUACGAUGUGUACAACGAUCUUGGAGAUCCCGACGCCGACGAUGACUUGGCACGCCCCGUCCUCGGCGGCCCCGACCAUCCUUACCCUCGCCGCGGCAGAACUGGCCGCCCAAGAACUAAACAAGAUCCACUAUCUGAGUCAAAGAGCCCCACAUCUAGUGUGUAUGUGCCUAGAGAUGAAGCAUUUUCCGAAAUAAAGCAGGAGCAAUACUCAGCGAAGACCAUGUACUCGGUGCUCCAUAUGCUCAUCCCAUCAGUGAAGACUUCCAUCGUAGACAGCACCCGCGGGUUCCCUCACUUCACGGCCAUAGACACUCUAUACAAUGAAGGUGUUUUGUUACCGGAUAUUCCUUCUACAGGUCUGGGGAGUAUGUUACCCAGGGUCGUCAGGUUUAUCGAGGACACCAAGGACACUGUGCUGCAGUUUGAGACCCCUGAGUUGAUCGACAGAGAUAAGUUUGCUUGGUUUAGGGAUGCUGAGUUCGCGAGACAAACUCUUGCAGGUCAAAAUCCAUUGUGCAUCAAGUUGGUUACGGAAUGGCCACUGAAAAGUGAGCUCGACCCUAAGAUCUACGGACCUGCUGAAUCAGCAAUCACAAAGGAACUGGUAGAGAACGUAAUCGGAGGCCACAUGACAGUUGAUGAGGCAUUCAAGCAAAAGAAGUUGUUCAUUUUAGAUUACCACGACAUUUUCUUGCCUUACGUUAACAAAGUAAGGGAGCUCAAGGGGACAACCUUUUAUGGGUCGAGGACUUUAUUUUUCUUGAUGCCUGGAGGUGUGUUGAGGCCCGUGGCUAUCGAGCUAGUGAGACCGCCGGUAGAUGGGAAACCUCAGUGGAAGGAGGUCUACCAGCCAUCUUGGAACCCAACUGGCAUCUGGUUGUGGAGGCUGGCUAAGGCUCACGUCUUGGCUCAUGACUCUGCGUUCCAUCAACUGUGUAAUCACUGGUUACGUACUCAUUGUUGUUCAGAGCCUUAUGUAAUCGCGACUAAUAGGCAAUUGAGUGCAAUGCAUCCGAUUUAUAGAUUGUUGCAUCCCCAUUUGCGGUACACGAUGGAGAUUAAUUCUAUGUCUCGUGACUCCCUUAUCAGUGCCAAUGGUUUCAUUGAGGGUGCAUACUCCACGAGUAAGUACUCUGCAGAAUUGAGCUCUCAUCUCUAUGACAAACUAUGGCAGUUCGACGUAGAGUCACUACCGGCAGAUUUAAUCAACAGGGGAAUGGCUGUGGAGGAUCCAACUGCACCUCAUGGACUGAAGCUGACAAUUGAAGACUACCCUUAUGCAAAUGAUGGUCUGCUCCUAUACGACGCCAUCAAAGAGUGGGUCACGGAUUACGUCACGCACUACUAUCCUGAAGCAAACCUCGUCCAAUCAGACAGCGAGCUCCAAUCAUGGUGGACAGAGAUCCGAACAUUGGGCCACACGGACAAAAAGGACGAGCCGUGGUGGCCCCAGCUAAAAUCUCCACAGGACCUGAUUGGGAUCCUCACGAGCAUCAUAUGGGUGGUCUCAGGCCACCAUGCGGCGGUCAACUUUGCCCAAUUCGACUUUGGUGGCUACUUUCCCAACAGGCCCACCAUAACCCGAACCCCAAUGCCCACCGAGGACCCGAGCGAGGAAGAGAAGAAGAAGUUUCUCGAGAGGCCCGAGGCAUUUCUUUUGGAUUGCCUUCCUUCGCAAAUGCAGGCGAUGAACGUGCUGGCUGUUCUGGACGUUGUAUCUGCACAUUCGCCCGAUGAGGAAUAUCUCGGGGAGAAAAUCGAGCCGUUCUGGGCCGAGGAUAAAGUGAUAGCCGCAGCUUUUACGCGGUUCAACGGGCGGAUGAAAGAGAUCGAGGGGAUUAUCGACGGUAGAAAUGCGGAUACAAGCCUGAUGAAUCGGACUGGGGCUGGUGUGGUGCCAUACACACUCUUGAAGCCGUUUUCGGAACCUGGUGUGACGUUGAAAGGUGUGCCGAACAGCGUCUCGAUUUAA